UGCGGAACAGAGAGGAAGAGGGAGCGAACAGAGGAAGAGGGGGCGGACGACCGGUGUCCUUCAUCACUAAAGCACACGUUUAUACUGUUGUCGGUCUUUUGUGUCAUUUUAAUUAAGAGGAACUGGGACGCUGACCGUGAAAAUGGCGCAGCCGGACACCAAGAAGAUCUUCUUCGAGAACCUGUCGGGAGCGGGCAAAUCCAUUGCGGUGCUGACGAGCGGAGGAGAUGCUCAAGGGAUGAAUGCUGCUGUUCGUGCUGUCGUUCGAAUGGGGUUAUACGUGGGUGCAAAAGUUUAUUUCAUUCAUGAGGGAUAUCAGGGUAUGGUGGACGGUGGGGAGCACAUAAAGGAAGCCACAUGGGAAAGUGUUUCCAGCAUGCUACAAGUGGGUGGGACAGUUAUUGGCAGCGCCCGCUGCAAAGAGUUUCGCACUCAUGAGGGACGGCUGAAGGCCGCUCACAACCUGGUGCAGUACGGCAUCACCAACCUCUGUGUGAUCGGUGGAGAUGGCAGUUUGACCGGAGCCAACCUCUUUAGGGAGGAAUGGAGUGGACUGCUGUUGGAGCUGGUUGGCCAAGGUCUGAUCGAGGACGAAGCUGUUCAGAAGUACUCCGCCCUCCACAUCGUGGGGAUGGUCGGCUCCAUCGAUAACGACUUCUGCGGCACUGACAUGACAAUCGGCACAGACUCGGCUUUGCACAGAAUCAUAGAGGUGGUGGACGCCAUCAUGACAACCGCACAGAGUCACCAGAGGACAUUUGUGUUGGAGGUCAUGGGCAGACACUGUGGCUACCUGGCCUUGGUGAGCGCCCUCGCUUGUGGGGCAGACUGGGUGUUGAUCCCAGAGAUGCCCCCAGAGGACGGCUGGGAGGACAAGAUGUGUCAGAAACUGUCUGCGAACCGAGCAGGGAUGAAAAGGCUGAAUAUCAUAAUUGUAGCCGAAGGGGCGAUUGAUCAUAGCAACAAGCUCAUUACCACAGACUAUAUUAAGGAUCUUGUCGUCAAAUGUUUGGGCUUCGACACGCGGGUGACAAUUCUGGGGCACGUGCAGAGAGGAGGGACCCCCUCUGCUUUUGACCGAAUCCUGGCCAGUCGUAUGGGUGUGGAGGCUGUUUUUGCCCUGCUAGAGACCACAGCCAACACGCCAGCCUGUGUGGUGUCUCUGUGCGGGAACCAAUCGGUGCGUCUGCCUCUGAUGGAGUGUGUGCAGAUGACUCAGGAGGUCCAGAAGGCCAUGGACGAGAAGCGGUUUGAGGAGGCUGUCAAGCUUCGGGGCAGGAGUUUUGAAAACAACUUGAAGACGUACAAACUGCUGGCUCAUCGUAAACCAGAAACUGAACUGCCAAUUAGCAACUUCAAUGUGGCAGUGCUGAAUGUUGGUGCCCCUGCGGCGGGCAUGAAUGCUGCAGUGCGUUCCGCUGUCAGGGUCGGCAUCUCUGAGGGGCACAAGAUGUUCGCCGUCAGCGAUGGGUUCGAAGGAUUAUCUAAGGGACAGAUCAGGGAGAUUAAAUGGGCUGAUGUUGGAGGAUGGACGGGACAGGGUGGAUCUCUACUGGGAACCAAAAGAACUCUCCCUGCAAAGCAUAUUGACAAAAUUGCUGAGCAGAUGAGAAAGAACAACAUUAAUGCAUUGCUCAUAAUUGGUGGAUUCGAGGCCUUCCUGUCACUGCUGGAAUUGUUAACGGCGCGCGGGAAAUAUGACGAGUUCUGCGUGCCCAUGGUCAUGGUCCCAGCCACAGUCUCCAACAAUGUGCCGGGCUCAGACCUCAGCAUUGGUGCUGACACGGCUCUGAACGCCAUCACUACUGCGUUUGAGAGUCUGCUGCAGCUGUAUGAGGCUCGCGCUACCCAUGAGGAGUUAUGCAUCCCGAUGUGUAUGCUGCCUGCCACCAUAAGUAACAAUGUACCGGGCACAGAUCUAAGUAUCGGGGCAGACACGGCCCUCAAUGCCAUCGUGGAGACUUGUGACCGCAUCAAGCAGUCGGCCAGUGGGACCAAGAGACGCGUGUUCAUCAUUGAGACCAUGGGAGGCUACUGUGGCUACCUGGCCAGUGUUGGAGGUCUGGCUGCUGGAGCAGACGCUGCCUACAUCUAUGAGGAGCCGUUUGACAUCAGAGACCUGCAGGCCAAUGUUGAGCAUCUGACAGAGAAAAUGAAGACGAGCAUUCAAAGAGGACUGGUCCUCAGGAAUGAGAACAGUAAUGAGAACUACACCACAGACUUCAUCUACCAGCUGUACUCUGAAGAAGGGAAGGGAGUGUUUGACUGCAGGAAGAAUGUGCUGGGUCACAUGCAGCAGGGAGGAGCCCCGUCUCCGUUCGACCGUAACUUUGGGACGAAGAUCUCUGCCAAGGCGAUGCAGUGGAUCACCAAGAAGCUGGUUGAGACGUUCAGACAAGGCCGAGUGUUCGCCAACACUGAGGACACCUGCUGUCUGCUGGGGAUGCGUCGCAGGGCUCUGGUCUUCCAGCCGGUCGUACAACUCAAGGGCGACACUGACUUUGUCCACAGGAUCCCCAAGGAGCAGUGGUGGCUGAAGCUGCGUCCCCUCAUGAAGAUCUUGGCCAAGUACAAGACGAGCUACGACGUCUCGGACUGUAGUCAGCUGGAGCACAUUGUACGCAACCGUCCCAAAGAGUCGGACGCUUCAGUAGCAAUGUGAAAGGCCCCCUGUGCUGCCCGGGGGUCUGCAACGUGUCUAAGAGUGAGGCUGUGUGUGUGUGUGGGUGCCAGUGUGCGUGUCAUAAAAGAGCUCCAGUUACCACAACCAACCAUGUUCAAUUCCUGUGUGUGUCAUUUCCCUUCAUUCUGUAGGCUCUGCAGCGCUUCUUCUAGACGACACACACACGUGUACGCUUGGGCACGCCGUACACACACCUGCCCUGCCGUGCACUUGUGUGUCCUUGUUGCACUGGAUGUUUAGUGUCAGCGUUGUUAGCAAAUUGCACUUUCCCUGUCUCCAGUCUCAUGAGGACAGAAACAACACUGUAUCUGCUGUACAAACCAAUAUGUGGGUGUGUGGGUGUGUCUGCCUAGAACCAGUGUGACCCUCUGUAUAUUCAGUCAGACUGACGCAGUGCACUUACUGCUACAUGUCUAGAGAACGGCGUGCUGCGCUUCACACAGAAACUAAUAUUUAUCUUUUUAACAUUGUUAUUAUUUUGCUUGUAAUCAUGGAUAUAUAUAUAUUAACUGUCGGCACUGCUGUACUGAGUAGCUGUCUGUCAAACUGCACCAACAAGAUAGAUGUGUCAGAGAAUAAUGUUUCCAACAGAUUAAAACCAGACAGUGUAACCUGC